AUGACAAUUCAUAUAUCAGAUGAUUAUUAUUUAGGGAUAACAGCAAUAAUUACACUUAUAUAUCAAUUAAUCAUUUUUCUUAUUGCUUUUACCCUACAAACUGAAACUGUUACGGAUUUUGGAGGUGGAUCGAAUGUUGCGCUAUUGGCUAUUUUGACCAUAAUUUUUAGUCAGUCAAAUCAUACACGCCAAAUAAUUGCUACAUUAUUUCAAAUUGUAUGGGGUCUUCGAUUAGGGUUAUUUUGUCUAUAUCGUAUGCUAAAAACCGGUCAUGGCGACUCUCGCUUCGAUGAAUUACGACAAAAUUUUUCAAAGCUUCUUGUAUUUUUUAUUCUGCAAAUGAUCUGGAUAUGGACUAUUAGUUUGCCAGUUACAUUCUUGAAUUCUCCAAAAAUUAAUGGAGGCUUGGAUCAAAAUUUCGGAAGUGUCACUGAUGUUUUGGGUGUUAUCUUGUUUAUUUUUGGAUUUCUUAUAGAGUCUAUUGCUGAUCUUCAGAAGUUUAUAUUUCGUACUAGACGAACUUCUUCGAAGGAAUUCAUGAAAACUGGUCUUUGGGCAUGGAGUAGACAUCCAAAUUAUUUUGACAAUAUCGCGUUGGUUUCUAUACUUUCUCCAUUAUUCACAAUUUUGAUCUUACUAUUCUUAAGUGGAAUGCCUCUAAAUGAACGACCAGCUCACUUAAAACAAUAUAAAGCUGGAAAUUGGGUCGAAUAUUCUCAACAUUUAUCACGCACUAGUUGUUUAAUUCCUUUUCCACCAUCAUUAUAUGAACCGUUACCACAAUUUAUAAAAAGCACUUUAUUUUUGGAAUUUCCAAUUUAUCGAUUUAAUCCAGAUUCAGAUAUAAAUAAUGCUGAAGGUAAUAUUUAA